AUGGACAGUAUUGAGCAGGAUGAAAAAGAGCUAAAAAAUUACUAAACACCCUUAGAGUUUAAAGUUAUUGAUAAGUAUAAAGUUCUUUUAGGAGGUUGGCUUGAAGUUUCUGUUAAUUUGGGAGAUAUUACUGAAGAGAACGUAGAUGCUAUUACUAAUGCAGCUAAUGAAGAUUUAUACCAUGGAGGUGGAGUUGCUGGUGCGAUUGCUGAGAAGGGUGGUCCAUCAAUUCAGAUAGAAUCAGAUGAAUGGAAGAAGAGAAAUGGUUUAAUAAAAGAAGGAACAGCUCCUGCUGUAACAAGAUCUGGAAAUAUAAAGUGUUACAAGUAUAUCAUUCAUGCUGGCUAAAGAGAUGAUGAAUAACUACUUUACGAUUGUAUUAAGGAUACUUGUAGAACUGCAUGCAAUUACAAUUUAAAAUCAGUUUCUAUUCCAGCUAUAUCUUCAGGGAUAUUUGGGUUCCCUAGAGAAUUAUGUGCAGCUCAUUUAUUCAGGGCUGUGGAAGAUUUUUGCUUUGAAAAUAGACCAGAAAUCUUAGUAGACUCUAUUCCCACUUUGAGAUUUGUUAGAUUCACUGACAAUGACUUCCCAACAGUCCAAGAAUUUUAGAAAAAAAGCUAUGGCCAACUCGAUUUCCCAAUAAAUGAUGAAAUGAUAAAUGAAGUAAAAUCACAUAAGAAAGAAAUUUAAGAUUAAGAGACCUAAACUAUGUCUUAUGAUGAAGUUGAAAUGAUAAUAGAAAAAUAGAUUAGGGUUAAAAUCAAGAACGAAUUAGCAGCUAGGGAUUAAAAUGUUUAGAACUCUAAUUAAAGUUAAAAUCCUACUUUCACCUAGUAUUAUCAACCUUCUGUAAAUGGUUAGUAAUACUCGAGAUAUUUUCACGGUAAUGACCUAGAUUGA